UUCUGAGGCGCACGAGGAUCGCCGACCCGUCCGCCCACCCAACCGACAAGUACCUCCCAACUCCCCCUCUCUCUCUCUCGCAAGCGCCGGGAAAAGGGAAAAGAGGAAGCCAUCGGACCACUCAGCUACCUUUCUUCCUUGAGGCGCUUACACCACCUUUCCUUCUCCCCAACCAACCCAUCCAAUCCCAAACUCUUCCUUUAAUUCAAAGAAACAGAAUCUAUUUGGUCAAAUUUUAGACCUGUAUUUCUUGUUCGUAUCGAUCACCUUGUUUGUAGGUCUCCUCUUGAUUUCAGGUACUUGAAAUCUUGCCUAUUGGUAAUUUCUGAGGUGUGCUUAUCUUUACUGCACUGGUGUUGAUAUAAUGCUGACAUCAAGAAUUUUGUCUAAAUGUUCGCGGUGGACGACCUACUUGUCAUGUGCAUUUAUACCAGUUUCCUUUUUGACAUCUAGUUCCAGAAUGUCCAGCUUAGAGGAGCCGAUAGGUCUCGACAACCUGCCAAACUUGAGCUAUGUUGGUAGGCUUCAAAGAUGCACUUCUAGUGGUUGCAGGCCUAGAUUAGAUGAAACAGAAAUGGGUAAUUGCUCGAUUGAAGACCGAGAAUGCAGCUCUUCUAACAGCUGCGAUGAAGAAUAUGCCUGGAGAAGGCAGCCAGGGGAUAAGUUUUACAGAGAUCCCAUAAUUUUGAAGGCUUCACGCAUUGGUAGAAGUCGAAUGGUCUUUGACAGUGUUUGUGAUUCAUGGCAUCUGCAAGAUCAUUGCUAUAGUUCAUCAUGCAAUAACACAGAAAUAAGAGGUCUUGCGAACAAGUUUUUAAGAGGUCUGCCAAAGUUUGUGAAGAUUGUGGAAGUUGGUCCAAGAGAUGGUUUACAAAAUGAGAAGACCACUGUACCCACAUCUGUAAAGAUUGAAUUGAUACAAAAGUUAGUCUCCUCUGGAUUGUCUGUCAUAGAGGCUACGAGUUUUGUUUCUCCAAAAUGGGUACCACAGCUGGCAGAUGCAAAGGAUGUCAUGAAAGCUAUUCAAGGUGUAGAGGGUGCAAGGUUUCCUGUCUUAACUCCCAACCUUAAGGGAUUUGAGGCAGCUGUUGCAUCAGGUGCAAAGGAAGUAGCAAUUUUUGCCUCAGCUUCUGAGUCCUUUUCUUUGUCGAAUAUCAAUUGUAGCAUAGAAGAGAGCCUCAAUCGUUAUCGUAAUGUCACCCUCGCUGCAAAAGGACUAAAAAUUCCUGUUCGUGGGUAUGUGUCAUGUGUUGUCGGGUGUCCAGUAGAAGGAUCAGUGCCUCCAUCAAAGGUGGCGUAUGUGGCAAAAGAGCUUUAUGAUAUGGGUUGCUAUGAGAUUUCACUUGGUGAUACAAUUGGAGUUGGCACUCCAGGCACUGUUAUUCCAAUGCUUGAAGCUGUCGUGUCUGUCAUUCCUGUAGAGAAACUUGCUGUCCAUUUUCAUGAUACAUAUGGCCAGUCUCUCCCAAAUAUUCUGGUCUCCCUCCAAAUGGGGAUCAGUACUGUAGAUUCAUCUGUUGCGGGACUGGGAGGUUGCCCCUAUGCAAAGGGCGCUUCAGGAAAUGUUGCCACUGAGGAUGUUGUCUACAUGCUCCAUGGGCUUGGCAUAAUGACCAAUGUGGACCUGAGCAAGCUAAUGGCCGCUGGUGACUUCAUCUGCAAACGUUUGGGGCGUCAUACUGGGUCAAAAACUGCCAUCGCUCUGAGCCGGAUUACAGCAGAUGCCUCUAAGAUAUGAUUAAAGAUGAUACAAGAGGAUCAUCUAUUAUCUUAUCGAACUUCUUGUUGGUCGCCUUUGCGGCCAAAUAGAUCACAUAUAUGGUCUAUAAUUGUUCUUGAGGAAAGAAACUCCAGUCAUCUCAUGGGCAGGCAAUCUUCCUGCCUUAUGUUCUGCAUACAUAUUAAAUAAAUGUAACCCAAGCUCUGAAGGUUCCUGUUGUUCAUAAUAGGACCCUUGUAUACUAUCAUCAGCUUCAUUCAAAUGAAAUAUAUCAAUCUAUAUGUAGGAUUUGA